AUGCCGUCAUCUUCUAAGAACCCAGAUCAUACAGAUGUCAUCACUACCCCGACGCCUGGGGCGGCGCCGGCGGACGCCCAACCUCCCACCACCCCAGACCAGUGGGAGCAGACCCUCGCACAGCUCCGCGUAACAAAUGAAGAGCUACAGAGACGCAAUGCAGAAGCCGAGAAGGAUCGCGACCUCUUCCGCGACCUCUACACCAAAGCGUCAUCGCAUGCGUCGGAGGUGACCAAGGAAAACAACGAGCUCACCGAGCGUGCGGCGCUCGCAGAGACGCAAACCCACGACGUCGUCGCGAUGAUGAAGGCGACGUACGAGGAGCGCAUCCAUCUACUCGAGCAGGAGGACAAACGCUGGAAGAUGCAGGUCCAUGCCAGGCUAACGGAGCGCGACGGACGGCUGGACGAGGAGACCCGGCGACGCGCAGCGCUCGAACCGGAGCUGCGCGCGGAAAAUGUGCGACUGAGAGAACAACUGGAACAUCUGGAGGAGGUCUAUGCCCGCCUGGAAGGGCUGUUGGAGAAGAUGGCAAAGCAGCAGAUUGAGGAGACGGUUAUAUUGGGGCAGACGGUGACGGACCCGGCCCUGUCAACAAAAGGGAUUGGAGUUGCCUGA